AUGUUUGAUUUUCCAUGGUUAUUAGAAAGCUGUAUUCAGUAUACGAGCAGUGAUGAAAGUGUUUCUUUCAUUUCCACUCCAUCAGGUACUGGCAUUUCCAAAAACAAUGUGCCAGCAGUUCACUACAAAGUAGUAAAACAGCAACUAGGAAGCCACCAAAAUUUGGAGCAGUUUUGGUUUAAUGUUUUAAUCCAGCUAAAAACUAAGCUGAUAAAGGCUUAUUUGAACAUCUCAAACGGGAGGAGAGACCACAACAACCCCAGAGACUUUGAACUAACAACCUCCCACUAUUCAGUGCAAGACAGCAGAGUUUCACAAACCCGGCGAGCGCAGCGCAAGUUGUACUUACGGUGUUUCUGCGAGGAGAACAGGCGCUCUGCCCUUGAAACAGCAGUGAUCGGCCGCUUGGAGAGGAGGACGGGAAUCCCGGAGGGGGCUGCAGGUGUCCGGAGAGGUUGGGAUGACGGAGCAGCGAGCCGGGGCUGGCAGCGCGGCGGCGGCGGCGGCAUUAAGAGAGAUGUUUGCUUACGAAGAACAGCUUACAGGCCUGGGCCCUUCGGCCAGUGCGACUUCCUCACUAUUAACUUAAGAUACCAGGGUCUGUCCUACAUGUUGGAAGGGUCUAUGGAUUACGGCGGCUUCAUCGACGCCCUGCGGCUCUACGUGCGGGGCGGCAGCGGCGGCAUGGGCUACCCGCGCCUCGGCGGCGAGGGCGGUCGCGGCGGCGACGUGUGGCUCGUGGCGCAGGAGCGCGCCACGCUCAAGGGCAUCAAGCAGCGCCAUCCCCACAAGCGCUUCGUCGCGGGCAGCGGCGCCAACAGCAGCGUUCGAGCGCUCAAAGGUGAAAAAGGACAAGACUGCGAAGUCCAUGUGCCCCUGGGGGUUUCAGUCCUCUGUGAAGAUGGAAAGCAGAUCGGAGAGCUUAAUACAGCAGGAGAGAGGUGCCUGGUAGCUCGAGGAGGUCUCGGAGGCUCUUUGGCCACAAACUUCCUGCCUUGCAAGGGUCAGAAGCGAAUUGUUCAUCUUGACUUAAAACUUAUAGCAGAUGUAGGCUUAGUUGGGUUUCCAAAUGCAGGAAAGUCAUCUCUACUAAGCAAAGUCUCUCAUGCCAAGCCUCAGAUUGCAGAUUAUGCAUUUACAACAAUAAAGCCUGAACUGGGAAAGAUCAUGUAUGCAGAUUAUAAGCAGAUUUCAGUAGCUGAUCUGCCGGGACUGAUUGAAGGUGCACAUGCAAACAGAGGAAUGGGCCACAAAUUUCUCAAACAUAUAGAAAGAACGAAACAGCUUCUCUUGGUUGUUGAUGUAUCUGGGUUUCAACUGUCUAACAAGACUCAUUUCAGAACAGCCUUUGAAACUAUACUGCUUCUAACAAAGGAACUGGAACUGUACAAAGAAGAACUUCUAAGAAAGCCUGCACUUCUUGCCAUUAAUAAAAUGGAUUUGCCUGGUUCAAAGGAUAACUUGAGUGAACUUAUGAAACAACUACAGAAUCCUCAAGACUUCUUACAUUUACUAUCGGAAGAAGUGAUUCCUGAGAGUACAAUGAAGUUCAAAGAUAUAAUUCCUGUAUCAACAUAUACUGGCGAAGGAAUUGAGGAACUGAAAACAUGUAUAAGAAAAUCACUAGAUGAAGUAGCAGAGAAGGAGAAUGAAGACUAUCAGAAAAAGAAACUACUACUUUUACAAACUUCAGGAGAAAAACUAAUGAAUAGGGGCUAGCAUUUUU